CCAAUUAGUCAGUACAAUAACUUUUAACGACCAAUGCAAUUAGUCGGCAACAUUCGAUUUCAAAAUGAUGAAACAAAAGUGAUCGGAUCGGUUCUCAACCGCCAUUGCAUUGAGGAAAUUGUGCAUUCAAACUACAGAUAAAAAAAAAUCCACACAAACGGUUGAGGCUGACGUGGUGACGGUAGAAUAAUUGAGCCAGCCCGGCCACCCCAAUAUCCGCUAGUGGGAGGAUCGAUAUAAAAUUGGACGAUUCGGUUCAAUUAGGCAUCAUUCCUUAAUCAAUCGAUUAAUUGCAACAAUCUAUCAGCUAAAAUGUUCUCCAAAUUGAUUAUCGCUGCUGUUUUGGCUUUGGCCACUGCGGAACCAGCUCCUGGACAACUUGCAGCUCCGUUGGCAUACAGCGCUCCCAUUGCUUACAAUGCUCCGUUGGCUUACAACCUACCAUUUGCCUAUAAUGCUCCUUUGUCCGUAGCUGCUCCUCUAGCCUACAAUGCUCCUUUGUUAACAUCAGUUUCUCAGCAAGGUCUCCUGAGAACCGCCUAUACUCAGGUUGUCGGACGUAGCUAUGCUCCCUCCGUGCUAACAGCAUCCGCGCCAUUCGGAUAUGCCGCUCCAGUUGCAUCUCCAGCCGUACGAUUGGUACCACAAAUCGCUUACCCAGCCACACCAUUGGCCGCCACCACUUUCGCCGCUAGUCCUCUGGCUGGCUCUCCACUUGUUGCUAGAGCUCUUACCCCAGCCUUCCCAAUUGCUGGCGCUGCUGUUGCUCCUGCUCUGCUUCCAGCCGCUCCGGCUUUUGGACCAGCUGUUGUGAGAUCUUCCGGUGAUGCACCAGCAGCAGCUUCCGAUGCCACUCCAAUGGCUAGAUCAUCACCAAGCGAUGCCCCGACGACCGCUAGCGCCGAUCCAAGCGCCGCUCCAGCACCAGCUGUAGCAUCCGCCAGAUUGACAGCCUUGCCAACCCCCGCUGCCGCUGCUGCUGCCGCUCCAUUCCGCUCAUACGGUGUUCCAGCUGCGCCCGCUGCUGUCAGUGCGUAAUCAAUUUGUUGUGAUAUUUUCAAUUAUGUGCAAUUGAUCACCUGUUUCUCACUAGUUUGUAUGAAAUUAUAUGCUGCUACGAAAUUUAGCUAAUGAAUAUGUUC